UGUAGGUUAAGUUUCAUUUCUGCUGCUUCAGAAAAAGGAGGAAGCAGCCGUUGUCCAGAGGCUGCUCGUGUCAGAGAGUGGAAUAAUUUAGAAACUCUGAUAUCCUGUUGGGUCACUCUCACCACGUUCCAGUCUGAAUACUUCCUGGCCUCAAAGGGCAGGAACAGCCCAGUGUGAACCAGCACCCCCUGCCCAUUUUGGAGAUCAUUUGGUAGGAUGGCAAGCAACGCACUUGAAUCCCCAGGUGCCCACUGGGGAGACGCAGUAGAAAUACCUGCAAAGAAAAAGAGAAGGACUUUCAAGUACAAAAGCUUUUUGGUGGAGGAGAAAGAGCUCCUGAUGCAGUAUGAAAAGCUGGAAUCCAGGACGAGGAAAAUCCUGAAAGACUCAACUAUGGACAAAUUCUUUUCAAACUUGCGUUGCAUGCCAGAGGCCUCUUAUAUCCUGGACCGCUUCUUCAAGCUGAUGGAAAAGACCUCCUUGGACCCCAUUUACAUUGGGCUCUUUGGCAGCACUGGGGCUGGGAAGACUUCGCUGCUCAACACCAUCUUGGAGAAGCGGUUCUUCUUGCCGGUGUCAGGGAGUACUGUGUGCACCUCAUGCGUGGUGGAAAUCCACACCAGCCGGGCUGAGUCCUAUGAGGCAAAAAUUCACCUCUUCUCAGACGAGGAAUGGAGGGUGGAAAUGGAGAAGCUGGUGAAGCUUGCACAGAAAUGUGGGGAUGAUGCUGAUAAUGGUGAUGAUGAUGAUGAUGAUGAUGAUGACGACGAGGGAAAGGAAGCCAUUCGAAAGCUCCGGGCCAUAUAUGGUAAUAAUGCCGAAACCAAAAGUUAUGAAGAGUUGCUAAAGGCAAAGCCAGUGACAGAUAAAAGAUACAUUCUUCACCAAGGAAAUGAGGCACACAUUUCUAAAAUACUGGAUCCAUACAUCCGGUGUCAGAGGAACAAGGAUAAGGGGGAACCAAGCCAGGAUGGAGAUGCACAUCUCUGGCCCCUGAUCAAGAAAGUGGAAGUGACAAUCCCAAGACCUGAUGUGAUACCAGAAGGCGUCGUGUUUGUAGAUAUUCCAGGGACUGGAGAUUUCAAUGAUAAACGGGACCAGAUGUGGAAAGAGAGCAUCAACGCAUGUUCCGUCAUUUGGAUUAUCAGUGGUAUGGUCCGAGCCCAGGGGGAGAAAGUCCAGGAGACGCUGCUGGCAGAGAGCAUCAAGGCUUACCAAGCUGGGAAGUGCAAUGACAUUACCCUGGUGGUCACAAAGUCCGAUGACGUGAAAUUCGAGGAGUACAUGAGGGAAAGAAAAGUGAAAAAUAAAUCUUUAGCCAGUGAACAUGAUGCCAUCUUGGAGAAUAAUGAAAGUGUGAAACUGAAGAGGAGAAGUAAAAUCAUGAGGCAGCUGAAGAAACAGCUGCCAAGUGACUCAGAGAUUCUGGAUAAGGCAGAUCUAGUUUACACAGUCAGCGCCCAAGAAUACUGGGAAGAGGAGAAGCUCACUAAGGAAGAGACAGAGAUCCCCAAGCUGAGAGACAGCAUCAGGCAGCUCUACCUGAAGGAGAGGAAGAAGCUGCUAAUGAAUUAUGUGAUAGAGGUGUAUGUAAUUUUCGCACUGGCCCAAAACCUAAGCUCCACAGAAGACCUGAAGAGCUGGAAACUUCAGCAGGACAGCUUGGAAACCUUUGUGAUGAAGGGGAUUAAUGAAUUGGAGAAGGAGGUUGAGAAAUGUUUUGCUCAGAUAGAGCAACCUCUUAAGGAUGGCAUAGAGAUGGCAAAAAAAUCACACCAGAACAUUAUCGACGGGAUCCUAAAUCGAACCAGUGGAAAACGAGGUUAUCACAGGACCCUGAAAGCUUUGUGCCAGAAAAAUGGCAUGUACGUGUCCCGCACCUUUGCUCGUUUAGACAUCAACAAUGACCUGGCUCGACCCAUCUAUGAAAAAAUCAACCCAGUAUUUGGAACCAUCUUCAGGGACCAAGCAGGCACCCGAGCCACACUGAAAGGUUGCCUUGAGACAUUCAGGUCCACCGUGCAGGAGAAAUUCAAGGAGGGUGGAAAGAAGAAAUCAAUGGCUGAUAGCAGUCGGCUUGACUUCCUUGUGCAAGAAACAAAUGUCAUCCUGAAUUCUCUUGAUGGAGAAAUCCUCAAGAGCAAGGCAGAAGUCUACCAGUCCCUUCCACUCUCCAUCCAGAAUGAUCUCCAGCCAUAUUAUGAAGCGGCUGGAAAUGUAAGAGGGAUAAAUGCCUGUCAGACGAUGCAGAAUAUCAUCAAGAAGAACAUUGAGAAGGAAGUGAGCAGUGGGAUGUUUGAAGAGGCAGCGAAGAGGAUGAAGGAUGAGUUUCAGAAGCUGAAGGACAAGAUUACAAGAACACUGAACAAGAACUUUUCCAACAUGCUGAACCUUGCCUUGUCUCAGAGGGAAGAGCUUGCUGAGAAACUUCCAGACUUACAGAAUCAAUACAAGGAAAUCAAGGACAUAUACAACAAACUACAUGGAAAAGCUUAAAAAUAGCUGCAGAAGUAAUCCUUUUCCUUUUCUAAGAUUAAACCGUUGAAGGCUUUCUUUUAAUUGGCUAGGAUGAUAACCAUCUUAUAUUCAUUUCUAAGGAAUUUGUAAGGAAAAAAUUCCGAACACAUGCUAUAGUACCUGUAUCUGCUGCUCUGCUUAAUCAAUACUACAAUCUUUCCUAUCACACCUCUGCUCUAAAGUGAGGAAAAGUAAAGAUGCCAAUGCAUGAAGUGGAUUUAUAUUACCAUUUAGUUGUGGUUUGGAGAGUAAUAACUAGAGGUGCACCAAUAUAUCAGUCCAUAUCGGAUCGGCAC